AUGACUUCCAUGGCGGAUGUUCCGGUGUACAUGUUACCUGGAGUGCCGGUGGUGCAACCGCCUCAUCUCGAGGGUCUUUCAGAUCCGUCUCUUUCAACUGAAAUUUUACCAGGUCCACCUUCCCUGCUGUCUGUUCAGCAGGCUGCGCACAAGCGCGACCCAAAGAAACCAGGAGCUUUUGUGUCAUAUCUGCCAGCAUCUGAUCCGGGCUCCACUUACUCUGGAUUAAUGGCUUCCACUGCCCUCAGCGCCACAGAUGCUGAAGGGCAACGACGCAAACGUGCUAGGGUCGACAAAGGAACUGCAAAUGGGAGGGCUCAGCGUGCAUCUGCUCGCAACUUGAACAGCAGUACUAUUCCUCCGUCGGAUCUCAUCGUCCCUGAAGCAUCUUCUCGUCAACCCAGUAUACCCCCACUACCAGACUCCGACCCUUUUCCGAUAAACCAUGACUUUGACGAACUUUCAAUUUCUCGAGCUACCUCUGCUCCUGCUCUCGAUGAACCCUUGCCGCCCCAACUGCCUCUUCCGGUUGUAUCAAAUGGGAGAGGAAGACCGAGAAAAGACAAAGGAAAAGGAAAAGAGACGGAAAAACACUCUGUAAAGAUCAAGGAAGAACCAAUGGCCACAUACUCGCUCUCCCCUGACCCUUCACUUGGACUGUUGAACGAAGAUCACUGCUCAUCUUGCCGGUCAUUGGGUGCUCUGGUAUAUUGUGAUGGAUGCCCACGAGCCUUUCAUCUCUGGUGUUUGGACCCACCAAUGGAACCCGUGGACCUACCAGAACUUGGAGAGAAGUGGUUUUGUCCUAGCUGCACGAUUCGGAAGCAUCCGCCAAACAAACCUCCUCCUUCCUUCAUGUCGCCCCUCAUUCAUCAAGCACAGACAAACAUUCCGAAAGAAUUCCAGCUUCCAGAGGAUGUUAGAAGUUUCUUCAAGGAUGUUGCUACUGGUUCCAAUGGGUGUUACGUUGAUAACUCAGAGAUCAAACCACCUCGCCUGAAUCGUCACGGUCAACUUGAGGAGCGUGAACCUUACCGCCUCAAGGACAAGAACGGCGUCCCUGUGCUUUGCUUCCGUUGCGGAACAUCUACCCUUCCCAGUGUUGUUGAUGUGUCUGCUCCACCGGCAAAGCGUUCCAGGAGGUCAACCUCGUCCUCCCAUAGUGCCACUCCCGAAGUUUGGAGAUGCAUGGUGUCUUGCGAUUACUGCAGCCUUCACUGGCAUUUAGAUUGUCUCGACCCGCCUCUUGUGGCUAUGCCUCCAUUCAAUAAGAAGUGGAUGUGUCCCAACCACGCAGAUCAUGCUUUGCAACCCAAGCGUCGCGUCCCAAAGCAAAACCCACCCAUGAUAGACAUAACAAAACCGCGCCAGUUUAAUAAUGGCAACAUCGACAUCGUCCACCCACAAGGCACUUCGAUAGCAGAGAAGUUGGUCCUCGAUGAAAUCCUUAUCAAUGGUCGAAGAUAUAGGGUUCCGGAGAAAGUGAUCAUGCUCGAUUUCUGGAAUAAGAUCAGUAAAGAUCAGUAUCUUGAUCAAAGGCCACCGGUGUCCGCGAUGUCUUCGCCGCUUACAUCCCUGAGCUCUUUGGAUGAUUUUGAUGAAAGCAUCGGCACAUUACAAGAAGGUCCUCUUAUCUCUCGAGAUGAGUUGCAUGCUGCUCAGGCAUUGUGCAAUUUCCAGCGAAUGCUGACCAUACGAGCAGAACAGAGACAUGGCCCUAUCGGUAGUUCAAGAAAUCUCGUUGAUUCCAGUACACAAACGGAAGCAGAGUUACCGCCUACGAUACCUUUGCCCUCGCAGCGCAAAGCACCUAUGAAGUCCACUCUCCCUGCAGCUGAGAACGGUUCCGCCGCCAAGUCGUCAGUACAAACUCCUGACCAGUCGGCUCCGGUGCGGCCCAAGAGGACGCGAACUGCGGUAAAACAGGAGGCGGAGGAAAUCAAUUUACGUCUACCUGAUAACUCCGAGAAGCUAGCAGAAUCUGGGAAGUCCACGAGAACUACUCGCCAACGCCGGAAGCCCAGACCUUCGGAAGCAGCGAAGGACACCGCGCCGGCAUCUUGUUCCAUGAUCCGAUCUGUGGGUCCUGAUGCUUCUGACUUGAGUAGUGCUUCGGUAUUGCCCACCUCCAAUCCUCACAAAGCCUCAGUCACAAUCACCCAGUCUGCCACUCCAACGUUGAAGAUACGAUUACCACGACUGAGUGUUGUCAGCGCUGCAGUACAUUCAAAUGCUGCACCACCACCACCCACGGCACCUGAACCUCGCCCGAAGCGCCCAUUACGACGACAGACUUCUGAUACUGCUACUGUUUCUUUAAGCGGCACAUCUUCGCAAUUACUGUAUGCCUUUUCGCGAUGCUCUCAGCCAAUGGGCCUGCAAACCUUCGGUAUUCAAAUCACCUCGACAAUGUCUCCCCCAGUCGUUGAGUACGUUGUUCCCAAGGAACCCACUAUACUUGCAGGUCGUGAAUCUGUUGAUCUUCCAGGUUACGACCUAUGGCUGCACUUCGUGAACAAUGUUCAUGCAUUCGAUGGGUCCAUUGACAUUGAGCAUUUCCAUGACGCCCUGGCAAGCACUUUGCAAAUGUACCCUCAUGCCGCGGGGAAACUGUGCACAACCGGCGGUCGUUGGUUUAUCCAGCUGACAAAUUCCGGACUGGCUGUUGAGGCCGAGGAUCGCAAAGAAGAGUUGUCUACCUCUUUUAUUCAAGGAGACUGGGUCAUCCAAGACAACCUUUCUCCCUUGCUCAGCCAACCACCAGAUGCUAUCAUCGUCAAUGGUAGUGCUUCCCUGGUUCGUUUCAAGAUAACAGCGUUCAAAGAUAGGACAUUUCUUGCGGUAUCUUGGCACCACACUCUCGGGUGGGAAAUGGCAGGAGAUGCGAUGGCACUUUUUCGGUUCAUGCAAACGUUGUCCCUGUUCUACCAAAGGCUCAAGCCAGAUUUUUCUCCUCCAACUUUCGACAAACAUCAGUACCGAACCCCGGAGCCAUCUACAUCCUCGGACUUUCUUCAACUAUUACCUCAUUUGUGGGUCUCUUAUCCUUUCGAUGAGCUCGAGGCCAAAUAUACGGAGGCCUGCGAGGAUCUGGGAAACCUCAGAUGGAGAUUUCAUGAACAUCAUCUUCAUGCGCUCCACUCCAUGCUCAGUGCCAAUGAGGAGGGCUAUCUUUCGCGGCACGAUUGCCUCACAGCGUAUGUUGUCACUCUGCUGAAUCGUUCUAUGCCUAGGCCCAUUCGCAUGGUCACGAAUGUUGCUAAUUUUCGGCGUGUUGAAGCUCACUAUAUCGCAAGCAAUGUUGCAGGAAAUGUUAUCCAGAAUAUCCCCACCGGCACCCUGCCAUCUAAUAUGCGAGGUAUCGCCAUUGCUGUGCGGGAAUCGAUUGUUCGGUGCCGUGACCAGAUGUUUCUUGAGGAUUGGAUGGCUGUGACAAGCGAUAUCAUGCUAGCAACUGCCAAUGCUGGGAAAUAUUUCUUCUUUGCUCCGCGUCCUGGCGUGAUGACAAUCAACUCUAAUGUCGCGAUUGAUUGGUGUGACGCUCACUUCGGGUUCCCUGAUUCUUCCAGUUUUUUCACAACUGGGAUUUCGAAGUUCUAUUUUCGGCCCUUCAAAUCGAACCCCACGCUAUGCGAUGGCACUUGGAGAUCUCGAAAGGGCUCGAUAGACGUAUCUAUGGGUGUUCCGAGAGUACUGAAGGCUAGGCUUGUGGACCGCCUAGCGUUGGAUUUUGAGACUAUCCUUUAUUGGUCACCACGGGACACCGAGCUGCGAAUGGAUGCCGGUGCCCAGCCAGGAGUGACACCAUGA